AUGGAACAGUCACAAAAUGAUCAACAACAACAACAUAAUGCUGGACAAGAAUCUCAGACAGCUUCCUCUCGAGGAAAAUCUGACCUGGCUUGGGAAUAUUUCACUGUGAAAUAUGAUAAAAAUAAUAAGGCACAAUAUACGUCUAUUUUUUGUUUGAACACUUAUAAUGGAGGGGGGAUAUAUAGGAUAAAAUAUCAUCUUGCGAAAAUUCCUGGACAAAUCAAAGUAUGUAGCAAAGUAACUGAAGAAGUUGAACUUCAAUUCAAAAGGAUUCUGAUGGAAAACAAGAAAAAUAAGAUGGAGAAAAGAAAAUUUGAGGAGGAGGCUUAUGGUGGGGAAGCACAUGCACAAGAGUCUGAAUCGCCUAACCCUAUACAAGCUGCUGUUCCUACAACAACGGGAGACAAAGGAAAGAGAAGAGCUGUAGUAGCUACACAAAUUGGAAGUUACUUUAAAGAAAGAACUACUCCAGGAUCUCAACCGACUAUGAGAAGUGUUUUGGCUAGCAAAGAAAUUGUGCACAAGGCUAAGUUGGGACUUGCCAAAUGGAUUGUUGAUGCACAUAUUCCUUUCAAUGCAAUUCAAUCGCCUUACUUUCAACCUGCAUUGGAUGGUGUUGCUGCAAUUGGACCUGGUUUUAAGGGACCAUCAUAUGAUAAAAUGAGAGUUCAUUUGCUGGCUGAUCUUAAGAGAGAGUGUCAGUUGCUGGUUGAAAAGUAUAGGAGCUCAUGGAAAAGCACGGGUUGUACACUGAUGGCAGAUGGGUGGACUGAUCAAAGGCAACGAACUUUAAUUAACUUUCUAGUUUAUUGUCCUUCUGGUAUGUCGUUUGUUAAGACUGUUGAUGCUUCUGAUGUGAUAAAAACUGCCAAUGCAUUGUUUAAUUUGUUUGCUGAUGUUAUUGAGUGGGUUGGGCCUAGUAACAUUGUGCAUGUGGUCACUGAUAAUGCUGCUAAUUAUGUAUCUGCUGGAAAACUUAUUCAUGAAAAAUACCCAAAUAUAUUUUGGUCUCCCUGUGCUGCCCAUUGUAUCAAUCUUAUAUUGAAACAUAUUGCAAGUAUUCCUGAUAUAUCUGACCUUGCUUCCCGUGCUUCAAAAGUAACUGUGUUUGUCUACAAUCAUAUGAUCUUAUUGUCUUGGCUUAGAAAAAGAAAAAGUUGGACAGAAAUUGUUCGACCAGGAGUCACACGUUUUGCCACUGUUUUCAUUACUUUGAAAAGUAUAUAUGAUCACAAGGUAGAUUUGCAGACAUUGAUGGUAGACCAAUAUUUUACUUCUCAUAAGUUAUCCAAAAGUGCUAAUGGAAAGAUGGUUAGCUCAAUUGUCUUGGACAGUAAGUUUUGGCAAGAUUGUCUUACCACUGUGAAAAUUGUUAGUCCUCUUAUUAAGUUGUUGAGGCUUGUUGAUGCUGAUGAAAAAACCUCUUUGGAAAUCGUGUAUGAAGGCAUGCAAAGACCAAAAAAGGCUAUCAAUACCAUGUUCAGAAAUCGGAAAGCUGCUUAUACGCCAUACACGAGUAUCUUGAAAAUGAGGUGUGACGAACGUGAUUUUUGCUAG